AUGCUAAGGACUCUCCAUUACCGUUAUCGACGGCUUUCACGGCUGGGUACCAAAUCCUCGGCAAUUUUGAACCACAGCAGAGCGUUCAGCUCGUCCAAAUGUGUCCAAGAAACGCAUAAAAGUUCAAAGGUCAAGAAAGUUUCUAGAAUUGUCCGGAACGAUUCAAGUUCAGCAUUGGAGGAGGAUAAUGCCUCGAAAACCGUUGAGAAGCAAUUAAUGUUGCUUCCGAAAGUAGGUUCCACUGAUCAUAUUAAACAGGACGAACUUCACACCGAUGGGUUGUUUGCUGGAAAUAAACCAUUGUUUCUGGGAAAUGCAUCAAUUGACUCUGGAGCAUCUCGUAAUAACCUCAAAACUAUUUUCAGCACUUUGACUAAGGUCAAGAAAGUAACCGAUGGCUCGACUUCGGAGAUCGAUGUGCAAGGAAUAAUCAAUGAUUUGAAAAGUGACGAGAAUUUUACAGAAACGGCAGUCAACCAUGACGGAUUGAAGAAGCCUAUCAUUCCCUGGGAUGCAUCUAUAAGUGGUAUGGUUUACAACGACGAUCCUUUCAAAGCCGUUCCGCGUACCGUCGUCGAUAGGCUCAGACCAUACAAGCUGAUACGAGUUGAAAGGAAAAGCAAAACUGCUAAGUUGAAAGCUCCGAAGUUGAUCAAGCUAAAAUUUCAUAACGCCAAGAUCAACGAUGAAACCUCUUUGGUUGAUAUCAGUCUAACCAGGAACAAAAGUACCGGCAAGACCCAGGCAAGCGCACCAACGUCCAAAUCUAAAGAAGAAUUCGCGCAGUCUCACAGCUCACUAAGCCAGUUCAAGUUUAUCAGAAGCGACCAGCAUGUCUUUAAGACAGAUGUCAACAAACUGAGCACUUUCUUGGCCAAAGAAUUCCAAAAGGCAACAAAACUCACCAUUGACACAGAAUUCACCAAUAACGACCUUCCUUUGUACAUUUACAUUGAAAAGACAAUUUCCUCGCGAAUGCUCCUUAGAAGAUUUUUGUUAAAGCGGAUCGUAGACCACACGGACCCUUUGCUGAGGACUAUUAUGACCUCUUACGGCAAAUCUGAAUACGGCACGAAAUUCGAGAAACGAGUCGGACUCAAAACGAAUACGUUAAUUCAAAAUCUUUGCGACUAUUUGCCAUCGAUAUUUUUCAGCGGUAAUUCAAUCGAUUGUGUGUCCAGUUUAAGUCCCGUCGCAGCAUUUAGAAGGUUGCACUGGCUUAAUUAUGCUAAAAGGCAUCGAGUGUUUUGGGGCAGAAAUAUCGACAAUGAUUUUGUUUACAACAUCAAUGAGAACUACAAGAUGAGUAGAAAUGGUGUCCGGUACAUGAAACAUCCAAUUAGCUUACAUUGUAGGACAUUUCACGAAGCGUUUACAGAAUGGGAAGAAUUCAUUAACGAGUAUAAGUAG